ACUAAUUAAUUAUCUCUAUUUAGAAACGUGUAACAUUAUAAUAAAGCGUGGUUAUCCNAAAAGCUUAAACAGAUCCCGCCAAUAGCCCUUAAAAAUUCAAAAUACUCUUCACGCAUAUAUAAACCAAAGCCUUUCUCCUUCUUCAUCGUGGCGACUCCCAUUUUCUGAAAGCAAAACCAACCAAAGAAAGAAAAAGAACGCCGAAAUCAGAAAGAAAGAGUUCAAGAAAAUGGGUGAAGUUCNUACUCAGAAAGAACCCGUCACCGCAAAUUCUCCACAACCAUCUCCCGAACACAAAUGCUCCAGCAUAGCAAACUUACAACCGAUGCACGAUCACGCUGAUCCCACCACAGUGGUCGAGCCCACCGACCUCUUGUCCAUGAUGCAUCUCAACAACGGCUGCUGCCACCGUCAGCCUCCCUGCUNCGCGGUCAACAACCCCAUGAAGCGCCGGUCGCCGCCCUCGUGUUCUUUCUCCGGGGAGCCCUCCACCAAGAAGCUAUUUUGUGACCAGGAGGACCUCUCCCAUUACGGCUUCUCCGCCGUCCCCAUUCCGCUCAACCUCAAUUCUCUCGUCAACAAGCGCCGCUCUUUCCCCGUCCUCCGCCGCUGCGUUUCCGACCCUUACCGCCCUCCGGCUCCGGCGCCUCCCACUCCUGCGGAGAGAGGGUCCGGGCUGCCACCCCUGCCGCCGGGCCUCAGGAGGAGUGUCUCAGAUCUCUCCGCACCUUCGCCGAGUCUGAACUCCGAGGAAACCGCCGGUCCUGAUUCAGUGAAACUGAGAAGGAUGAAGGAGCGAUUGAAAGAGAUGAGGCAAUGGUGGGAUGAGGUUAUGAAGGAUGAUGAGGAAGAAAAUGUAAGGGAAGAUGAGAAAGUCCUUCCUCAGGAUGAUUUGGGAGCAGGAGAUUCUGAAGAAGCUGUUACUGUUGAGUGGGCUGAACAGUGCUUAAGCCUUGGAUUUAGGUGUCCAUGUGGGAAAGGCUACGACCUUCUCCUUUCAGAAAAUAAUUGCUACUACAAGUUGGCCUAACAACACUCUAUAUAAAAUGUUAUGUUCUACUUCCAAUAAAUGUAUUAUCUUCUGCUAUGUAACUCUCUGUUCAUAAGAUCUUAAA